AGCGCCAUGGCUCACCGGUUCACAGAAGCAGAACUUGCCGUCUUCAAAGAGACCUUCUUGCAUUUCGACUUAGAUGGCGACGGCGUGAUCAGCAGCAGGGAGCUGGCGACGGUGAUGCGAUCCCUUGAGCACCUUCUCCUCAACCUCAAGGAGACGUUCACCGACGAGAAGGUCAACGAGAUGAUCAAGCACGCCGAUGAGAACGCGGACGGGAAAGUCACCUACGACGAGUUUGUGAAGAUGCUGGCGGAGAAAUAGAGAUCCUCGAGGCAUUCCUCCCUAGCAGAGUUGAGAAUUCAAUUCAAUGGAGGCUCAGUGGCUCACCAUUCCUUAUCUGCUGACUGGAAUUUGACGAGAAAACGCCAAUUCUUUCCCUCCACCCCCACGGCACAAUAUUGAGAGAUUCCCCCAGUGAAAGAUGCUGAAUUGCAACCUGAGAACUGGACGAGCUUGUAAAGGAACAUUCUCCACGCAGUUCCCAAUGGGAGAGGCACGCCCGGCAGAAAUA